CUCUGGUCUCGUCUCGUCUUUGCCUCGCUGCAGCCACCGACGAGUCUUCCACCGGCCCCUGUCGACCGUCCAAAACGUCGCCUUUUAAUGAGAGCAAUUAUCAACACGACACAAAACGGGAACGCGGCCGCCCCUUCUUCAUUUUGCGCCCAAUAAACAAUUUUACAUUCUGUCUCUGCCUUUUCCUACUCGCAUUGCGCUCUCCCACCUCGGGAUCCUCUUUCUUCGCUUUACUUUCUCUUUGGCUUUCGCUCUGCCCUUCGCUCCAGCUACUCUCCCUCUUCCUCUCUCUCUCUCGCGCUCUGUGUCUUUUAUUUCUUUCUCCGCUUUCCUCUCGCUUUUUGCUCGUUCCAAUUUUUCUUCUUCUCCCCCUCUCUGGGCCCUCUCCAAUCUCUCUUUGGUUCUGUGGCUAACCGUCAUUCGUUCGUGCGCCUCCUGCCUCCGCCACCGCCAUCACCUCCCACUUCGUCUGCCUGCUGUUUCGAGCGAGGGGACAACCCGAUCCGCCGCCGUCUUUUUGCGCUUUCCGUUCUCUGCUCGCUUCGACCUCCAAUCCUCUUCUGGGCAAGUAAGAGAAGGAGAAGGGAGCGCUCGCAUACUGAAGAAACAAAUUCAAAAGAGACUGGCCAUCGAAACAGAAUGGGCGACGCCGUGCUGGACGCUUCGACCCUUGCUUGCGAACGUCUACAUAGCCCCAACGCCGACACGCUCGAGGACGCCGGCGGCGAUACCUCCACUACACGCGGCUUCUGGAGGCUGCCGCCCGAAAUCCGCAAUGCCAUCUAUGAGGAGCUCUUGGUCACCGACUGCGCUUUCAGACUUGGACAUCACGGCCCGUAUUCACAUGAGAAGCGCAAGAAGCUAUACCCGGCCAUACUGCGCACCUCCUCGCAGGCUUAUCACGAAGCUGUUGCCAUCCUGUACGGAAGCAACACUUUUUUUCUUGGCCCGCUAGGUUUCAAACCGACGUACAGCGCCUCGUUCGUUGCCAGCAUAGGAACCCCAAACGCUCUGCGCAUACGGACUGUCGUUGCUCACUGCAUUCAUCCCCAGCUACUUACCCAGUCGUAUCUGUCUCGCUGGUUCACCGCCCUGGGACUUGACUAUCCUCGACUCAAGAUCAUCGCAGUCUCCUUCUCCACAGCGCAAGAGGACACGAAGCCACGCAUUGUCAGCAUUCCGCCGCCACCCACGCAAUUCCAGCUGCCUACUAAUCUACCCGUGCUUGGUAGCCAAUGGCCGGGAACUCCCAGUGCAGGUGUCGCCACAACUCCGCCUGCCGUGGUCGUUUCCGGAGUGCUCCCAGGAACCGGAAGUGGGACUGCGGGCACAGGCACGACGACCGGAGCAGGAGGGGGAGGCGGCCAUGUGCGAGUUGACAGUGCUAGAGAGGACAUGCUACCAGAGACGGAGCUGGAUCGUGCGGUUGCGAGGAGCAAAGGGUGGUUAGAGAAGCGGAAACGGAGCGAGGUUGACGGGCUUGUUGCGUUGCGCAAUACGGAUCUGCGCGCGGGCGACGAUUGGCUUGUGUACGUGAGCCCCGCCGUCAAGAAGAGAAUGGGCGUCAAACUUUGGUGAAUACCGCUUCGCACCUUUCU